AUGAUCCUACGCGCACUAUGUGCCCUAUGCCGUGCGCUGCACGCGAAAUUUAGCACCUCGGUGCUCCACUCUCAGUAUCAUCACACUCCCCUUUUCAUCAUCUCGCUCGAUACAGUAACAAACGUUACCAUGAACAAGGCGACGAUUCUGGAGCUGGCGAAGGGGUUCCGCGGGCGCGCGAAGAACUGCAUCCGCGCCGCGAAGCCGCGCGUGGAGAAGGCGCUGACGUACGCGUACCGCGACCGGCGCACGAAGAAGCGCGACAUGCGCGGGCUGGCCAUCGAACGCGUCAACGCGGGCGCGCGGCAAUACGGGGUGCGUGACAGUACGGGGAGUGUGACAGUACGGGGUGAGCUGCUGUUGAGUCAGGCGGCGAUACAGGCCCUCACGACACCCUCCCCUUCCUUUUCCCUCCGACACUUCUCCCUCCCUCUCCUGCUGUCCAACCAACCCCCCGUCUCCCAUAUCCCCACCCCGCCCCCCCUCCUCCCCGCCUUUCCUGUUCCUCUCCCUCCCCCACCACCCCCAAUCCAUCCUCGAUACAAGCAGGUGCGGUACAGUGAGAUGGUGCACGGCAUGCAGCAGGCCAACGUGCAGCUCAACCGCAAGGUGCUCUCAGAGAUAGCCGCCUCCGAGCCCUUCACCUUCCGGGCCCUCGUUGACCUCGCCCGCCAAACCCUCAACAUCCAACGGCCACAAAUCCCCAUGUGA